AUGUCGACUGGAAACUUGAAUUCUAUUCCGUCGGGGUUACCAAGUGCAGAUCCUCUACACCCUCUCAGCUUAUCACCAUUUACAGCGACCAACGCCUUCUCGGGCGAGUUUCUAGGCCUCCCAAUUCCAGAAGACGAUCAACUUUGGGGCCUAAGCCCCGUCUCACCAACAAUGGGAACGGGCUGGGACACGCGAUCCGACGCAGCAGCCUUCGCUGGUUCCGCGCUAGAGCGAGAUUUGAAAAAUGCACAAGUCCGUAACGGACAGCCCACACCACCUCCAUACGAGGAUCAACACGGCCGUGAACUCCAGGCUUUAGAUCUGGAUAAUGCACACAAACGCCGCCGAGCACGAGAAUACCAAACAGCAGCUGAGAGCCUUAGUCCCGAUCUGGACGAUGCAUUGCCGCACCAGGAACGACACAAGCGAGCGAAGUUUCUAGAACGAAAUCGUGUAGCAGCGAGUAAGUGUCGACAGAAGAAGAAGGAGCAUACGCAGCAGCUUGAGUACCGAUAUAAGGAGCAUUCGGAGAAAAGAGAACGACUUGUUGGAGAGAUUACGCGAUUGCGCUCUGAGAUGCUCAAUUUGAAGAAUGAAGUCUUGAAACAUGCGCAGUGUGGUGAUGAACCUAUCAAAUUACAUCUUGCGCAGAUGGUUAAGAAAAUCACCGAUACAGAUGGUCCUGCGUCGGUUCCUCCUGUCCCGGCCUCUACAUCUAUGGAUUCUCGUAUCAGUAUCAUCGAGGCGCCUUCGCCGGAUGUUGCACCUACUCCAAAAGCAAUUCCCGGUACAUCUGCGGCUCCAUCCCAGCCACCUCCCGCAUCAGCAGCGUUAUCAUUUGGAUUCGACGAUCCAUUAGAAUUAGAACCUGCUGCCGCAGCCGCAGCGGCAGAACUUCUCGAACAGCAGCUACGAAGAGACUCUGAAACAUCACUAGUAACGGAAGCAUCAUAUACGUUCUCGACCGAUGAUACUUUUGACGACUUGAUCAAUGUAUGA